AUGUCGUAUUUAAACGAAUAGAAUGUACUCAAGUAUAAUUUAUUUAAAGCCCUGAAUGAUAAUAGGGAAUAUUAGAAUUUACCUCCUAACAAAAAAAAAGCAUUAGAGAAGCUUAGUUCUAUCUAAUUGAAUGAAUAGUAAGACAAGAGCACAAUUAUCAAUCCAUCUAUAAGUUAAUGGCAGGAAAACCUCAUUUAGACUGUCAAAGAAAAGCAUUAGUCUGAAGAUCUUUUCAUUUAGUAACUUGAAAAAAAUGAGCCUAUCCUCUCUCCUGUUCAAAAAAAAAAAAUCGAGAUUAAUAAACUAGCCAUUCAGAAGGCUUAUUAACGUAUUAAAGAAAGGAAUGUUAAAGACAAAAUGGAUAAAUAAUAUAAUUCAACAAAUGUGUCAAAUUAAAACAAUUAGGUUUAGGUUCCAGAAACUCAUUUUUCCUAUAGUAGAACACUAAGUAGUUUAAAAGAGUUUAAGCUUAAAGAAUAUAACAAAAACUUGAUAAAAAAAUUAAUAGAAAAGUAAAAUCCUAUGUAAAUGAAGACCUCUCCUUCGAAUAAAUAGUUAUUUCAAGCUAGUUAAGUAUAAGAAGAGAAUGGAGCAACAAUAAAUACAACAAAUUACAAUAGCUUAGAUUAAAAAUAACUUGCAUUUAAUGAAUUUUAAAGGAGCUAAAGAGGUUAUUUAAAUUCUUUAUAAAGUACUAAUGAAAAUUAUAAUGGUGGUUAAUUAUUGAAUAGCAAUACAGAAAGGGAAUCUUCUUUAACUGCCACAGUUACAUUCAAUCAAACCUUAAAUCCUUUACAAAAUAAUUAGCAUAAAAUUGAAAAUCUUGAAGGUAAUUAAAUAAGCUUAAGUAAAAGAUAAUCAUCUUUUAAAAAGCUUAAUUAAAAUACUAACCACAAUUCUAAUUUUAUUACAACUAUGGGUUAAUAAUUUUUGAUGAGAAAAAGUCUUUAUGAGCAAUCAAAAAUAGAGGAUUUACAAAUCGUAUAGAAUCAAGCUUAGUUUUCUACCAACAGAAAAUAGCCUCAGAAACUAGUUUAAAGGAUCAUCAAAUCUAAAAACAAAUCCCUUAGAGAUUUAACUCCAGAAAUUUAUCAGAGUUAAGUAAAGGAAUAGAUGCAUAGUAGAGACGGUGACUUUAAUUCUAGAGUGAAUAAAUAUUUACAAAAUUUCUAAAACAUCUAAGAAAAAAACUAAUCUGAUAGCAAUUUAUAGUAAUUUAGAAUAUAUUAAACGCCUAGAAGUCAUUAACUUAAAUAGAGAAGUUAAAAGAAAAAUUUAGAAUCAAUAUAAUUUUAUGGAUUACCAACAAAUAAAAACGAUUCUGAUUAAAAUUAUUCUUCAUAAUUCUGUAAUGUGAAAUUACCAUUGUCAUGUAAAUAAAAAAUAGGAGGUUCACCAAUGUACAUUCAGAGAACGAAAUCGAUUACACUUUAAUUAACUAACAACAAUAACUUAAACCAUUCAGGUAAUCAUACCCCUAAUAAAAUUUCUGCUAAAUUUAGAUAAGCUUUCAAAGAAAGUAUUGAGAGACAUGUUAGCAGGGAGAAUGAGCAAAUAGCUGAAAUAUAAAAGCUAUUUUAAGACCCAUCUACUUAAUCUUUAAUUCAACAAAUCAAAGAUAAUGUUCAAGCAAAAUAGCUUAGCAACAACAACAAACACAUGCAAUAAUUUUUAAAAGAAAAUCCUUAAAUAUUUUCUCAAAAUAAAAAUAGUCAUUUGCAAAAGGAAAUUGUAUAAUAAGAUAAUUCCUCAGUUGAAUGGUUAACCAGCUCUAGAGCUUAGUAAAAUAGUCUAAAAUUUACUGAAGAAGAAGAAGAAAGUAUUUAAAAUAUAGAUACAAAACUUGUUUUUGAAAAUUUGCCAGUAGAUCAACAACUUAACGAGUUAAACUAUCUCUAAAAAGCCAUGCUAAACUCCCAAUAACAUUAAAUAACAAAAUUUAUAUUUUCUGAAAACCAUUUUAAGAGAAAAAACUAACCUCAGUUAGAAAAAAAAAUAUUUAAAGUCUGA